GUUGGUGGAGCAGCUAGUUGUGUGAUCCCAAUGGAACUUAAAGAGGGCAUCGGAAAGUUGAUUGGUGGAGGAGGAGCGUACGCAGUGCUUGUGGUGGUAGAAGCACCUGUGGCGAACAUUGAGGGUACAACAGAAGGGAUACCAGACGGGAUUGAAGCUGAAAAUAUCUACCAGUUACUUACGAUUCUUCUUAUGUAG